CCCUAGGUACUACCUACCCACUUCUACAUUUCUUGUAAAUAAAAUAUUCCAUAUUUUCUCCCAAAAGCAAUAGCGACGAGUAAUUAAAAAAUGGCAAAGAAGUUGCUGCUGCUGCUGCUGCUGCUUCUUUUACUUAUAUUGAGUCCACAUGCAAAUUCUGGUUCCAUUGUCAAGUUUCUUCCUGGUUUUGAAGGUCCUCUUCCCUUCGAGCUAGAAACCGGGUAUAUUGGUGUUGGUGAAGAAGAAGAAGUGCAAUUGUUUUACUACUUUAUAAAAUCUGAGAAGAAUCCAAAAGAAGACCCUCUUCUUCUCUGGUUAAGCGGUGGGCCUGGUUGCUCUUCUAUCUCUGGUCUUCUUUUGGAAAACGGACCUGUGACUUUAAAGGUUGAUGGUUACAAUGGAGGUAGCCCCACCUUGGUUUCUACUACAUAUGCAUGGACAAAGGUGGCGAACAUGAUGUUCUUGGACCAGCCUGUUGGGACUGGCUUCUCCUACGCCACAACUCAACUUCUUGAUACACCAAGUGACUCUGGAGAAGCUAAGCGGAUCCAUGAGUUUCUUCGUAAGUGGCUAAGCAAGCAUACAGAGUUUAUAUCGAAUCCAUUCUAUGUCGGCGGAGAUUCGUAUUCUGGUAUGGUUGUUCGGGCCACCAUUCAAGAAAUCUCUAAAGGAAAUGAUCUUGGAUUCGAACAUGAGAUAAAUCUUCAGGGUUAUGUGCUAGGAAACCCGGCAACAAACACCGAGUGUGAAAAGAAUUAUCAAAUUCCAUUUGCUCAUGGAAUGGCAUUGAUCUCUGAUGAACUCUACGAGUCGUUGACGAGAAGCUGCAAAGGAAAUUAUGCAAAUGUAGAUCCACUUAGCACAGAAUGCUUGAACCUCAUUGAAGAAUUCCAAAAGUGUAUUUCAGGAAUAAAUUUGGCUUUUAUUUUAGAACCACUGUGCAAAGUGGCGUCGUCCCCAAGAAGAUACAUUGAAGAACUCGUCCUUGCAAACCCUUGGGUUCCAUCUACUGAUUGCUAUACAUAUACAGACUUGAUAUCUUCCCGCUGGGCCAAUAAUGAGAGCGUUCGUGAAGCACUUCAUGUGGUAAAGGGAAGUAUAGGAAAAUGGGUACGAUGUUAUGUGGAGAUUCCUUAUAAUAAGAACAUUAAAAGCAGUGUACCAUACCAUAUGAAUAACAGUAUCAAAGGCUACCGAUCUCUCAUCUAUAGUGGUGAUCACGACAUAGAGGUGCCGUUCCUCUCAACACAAGCAUGGAUAAGAUCUCUUAAUUAUUCCAUUACUGAUAAUUGGAGGCCAUGGAUGAUAAACAAUCAAGUUGCUGGAUACACUCAAACUUAUGCCAAUAAAAUGACAUUUGCUACUGUCAAAGGAGGUGGACAUACAGCAGAAUAUAAACCAAAUGAAAGCUUUAUCUUGUUUCAGAGGUGGAUAAGUGGCCAACUUCUUUAAAAUCCUUCUUAAUUUGCUAGAAAAUUUGAUAAUAUCAUAAUAAUCAUGUUGUUAUUUGUAAAAUUGCUGUAAAAUCUUUAUAAUGUAAAUGAAUUUAAGCUAAAUAAAAAACACAACGUCGAGUGAUGGGUUUUAUCUCUUUAA